AGUCCGUGCUGCAAAGCUGACCUAGGAAAUCGUUGGCAUCCAGAAGAGCGAUGGAGGAACACUAUGUCAAUGUUGAAACUGACCCAAGAUCUUCAACAAAACAAAUGUGUUGCAGGUCAGAGAGGACAUUUGUUCGAGCGGUUUUACUCAGCAGUUGUGCUAUUUUCCUGCUGGUUGUGAUCAUCCGCCUCAGUUUCCACUACCGUGACUCAGCACAUUGUUCGGCUGCAGAGCUCUCCACUAUGGAAGCCAAGCUGACCUCCAUGACUGAAGAGAGAGACCGACUGACUGCCAGCCUCACUGAAAUGACCCGAGAGUUGGACAGGCUUCAGUGUUUGUCACAGAAGAAAACGUGUCCUGCAGGAUGGAGGAUGUUCAGUUGUGCCUGUUAUCUCUUCUCUAAUGAGGCCCGCUCCUGGGAUAGAGCCAGACAGGACUGCAGACAAAGAGGAGCAGAUCUGGUGGUCAUAAACAGUGAUGAAGAACAGACAUUUCUCUUUGGGUUAAUCAACCAAGAUACUUGGAUUGGUUUGAAUGACAGAGACGAGGAGGGGACCUGGAAAUGGGUAGAUGGAACUCCACUGACUCAGACACCUGUUAGGAACUGGGGGCCGUCGCAGCCUGAUAGUGCUGGCAAUGAGGACUGUGCAAGUAUCAGACAUGCAACCAAAGACUGGAACGACCGAGAUUGUGAACAUUUUCUGCUCUCGAUUUGUGAGAAAACAAUUUAACAUUUUUGUAUGUUUUGAGAUCACAAAUGCAAUCAUGCUUUUACAAUGUAAGCUUUGACUAUGCACGUUCUUUGGUAACAAGUGUUCUUGUAUACAUGUGGAUGGUGGUCUAGUGGUGCAGCUUCCAAAUACAACACCAGAUGGUUGAGAGUUCAAUACCAGGGCUGCCACCAUUGUGCCCCUGAGCAAAGCACUUAAUCCUGAGUUGCUCCAGGGGGACUGUCCCUGUCGUUAGUUCACUGUAAGUCGCUCUGGAUAAGACCGUCUGCUAAAUGACCUGUAAUGUAAUGUACCAAUGUAAGCAUGAAAAAAGUAUUCGAUAGAAAUGUGAAUGUAUGCAAUUAUACUGGGGCAAAUAUGUAGUUUAGCACAUUUAUGUCAGCCUUGAUCUUAGUAUCACAGGAGAAUAAUGCAUGAGUUUGUAAAAAAAGGUGUCUGUUACCUGUUUGUAUCAAAGAAUGUUCUUAUAAACUGCAAUGUAAUGUUCUUUUCAGUCUUGUAUGCGUCUUCCCCCGGGAGAACAUGGAGGCUUUUAUUUACACGCAAUAAAUAAUCCUUUAAAAUACGAGACAAAGACA